GCCUUAGCGGUCAGAAUUGUGGUACAACAAAAGAAAGAGAUAGAACAAAGUUUCGGACAAUAUCCAUCUCUCUUACGAUAGUGCGUAAACGUGUCAUGAAAUAGCACUAGACUGAAACCAUACGCCAUCUCCCUCACUUUCCGAGCCAAGAAAUUAUUACAAUGACAUACGGCUAAGGCACGUCCAUUAAUAUAUGUCUAUGCUAUCAAUCAUUCCAUUGACUAUCACGACUAUCAGUUGUCCCUAGAUACAGUCAAUGCAGUCAACUAUCAGUUGACUCCAGUAAUAAUUUCUGUUUUUAAUGAAUCAAAAGUGAGUAACAAUUCUUUUGCAGUAUGAAUUUUAGCUUUACAGCAAUUUUGUAAUAAAAUGGAAGUGGGUUUUUUGGAAGAAUUGGAUAAGCUUCUAGAUCAAGCAUUGAAUAAAAAAAAAACCGAAAAAAAUAAAGAACGUUCAACAAUUGAUGUUAUUAAUGAACUUGAUGAGAUUAUAGAAACUGUUAAAGAAGAAAGAGAGCAUUUAAAGUAUUGUCCAUUAUGUCGAAGAAUGCUUAUUUCGAAAAAGGGUGUUGAUUACCAUUUGCGACAAGUACAUUGUAUCUUUACUUGUAGUAGUUGUGGUUUUAAAGCAAAAUCUAGGCAUUUUCUAAAAAAACAUGAAAGAGAAGUUCAUUGUGCAUAUGUUGAUCACUGGUCAUAGACAGUUUGAAUAAUAAUUAAAUGAAGCUAUUGCUUUAAUCAGACUGUUUAUAUUCACAAAAAAGACUAAUUUUGAGUUAAAGAAUAAAUAUAAUGUGUAUAGAAAAGGACUGACAGUUUGUUGAAUUGUAUUUAUCAUAAAACAUUCUACUCAUUUUUUUAUGUAUUACUUUGUACUAGUUUAAAAUGAGUAGAUUAAGACCGGCUAAAUACAAAAAAUCGCUAAUAAGGAACACGGAGCAACCUUUACCAAAAACAACAGUUACUUUUGAACAUGAAGAGAAACAAAUUUCUCAAAAAGAGAAGUCCGAAAGUGAAAUAAACCAUUAUAACUUCCCUUCUGAGAGAAAUAGUCGGCAGUUAAUUAGUCAGUCUGUUUCAAAGACUCCAUCUAAAAUAAUCAAUUUGGUGCAUCCCACAAGUAGAACUACUACAAUGGAGUUAGAAAAGAAAAGCCAAUCUACUUUAAAUGAAAAAACAUUAAAGUAUCUCAAUUUCCCUACGGAUAAAAAAAUAUUUAAGGAUUUAAUACCUCUUUCGGUGGAGGAGACAGAACAAAAAGCAAAACAGAUUCCUAGUAGAGCACCAUAUCCACAAAAAGAUAAAGAACCACAACUUGCUGAUUUUGUGAAAACAAGACCCCACCAUGAAUUCAUAUAUCAAGUCCCAAUGCAUAAGCAGGAAAAGUCUGUAAAUCAAAAUUAUGAUGGGCAUCGUGUAUAUAAAAUAAUGUUAAACUGGAAACAAUAGACAGCUGUGUACAUUUUCUAUAAAGUGCACUUAAGGUUAGAGGUUUUUGGAGAGGUAUCAUGUUAAUUGUUUACACAACAUGCAUGUUGAUAAAGCCACUGAAUUUUUAUAAUUAAAGUAGAUAUCUCUAUCAACAACAAAUCAAUUGAUAUUCAAUAUUAUGCAUCUAAAAUAUUUUGUUAUGCAAUUUUUUUUUUUUGAAGAAUAAUAAAUGGCAC